AUGAUGGGAUCAUCAGAAAAUACAAAUGAGUAUGAUAAAGUAGCUAUACUUGAUGCUGGUUCACAAUAUGCUAAAGUAAUUGAUCGUCGUGUACGUGAACUUUCAGUUUAUUCUGAACUUGUUCCUUUACAAACACCUGUUAGUGAAUUACUUUCACGUAAAUAUAAAGCUAUUAUUAUAUCUGGUAGUCCUGGUUCAGUUAAUGAUCCAAAUCCAGUUUAUUAUGAUACACAAUUAUUUAAUUGUGGUCUACCAAUAUUAGGUAUUUGUUAUGGAUUACAAAUGUUAAAUAAAGAACGUGGUGGAACAAUUGUACGACAAGCUAAAAGAGAAGAUGGACAAUUUGAAGUUGAACUUGAUAUAACAGGUUCACCACUUUUUAAAAAUAUGAAUAAAUUAGAAAAUGUUCUAUUAACACAUGGUGAUAGUAUUGAAAAACUUGGAGCAAAUUUAAUAUCAAUUGGUAAAAGUGAAUCAUUUAUUGUGGCAUGUGCUGAUCUUGAAAAACCUAUUUAUGGUCUUCAAUUUCAUCCAGAGGUUGAUUUAACAGAUAAUGGUAUGCAAAUAUUUAAAAAUUUUCUUUUUGAUAUUGCACAUUGUCAAGCAACAUUUACAAUGGGUAGUCGUAUUGAAGAAGCAUUCAGUAGUAUACGUUCAUUUGUUAAAGAUCAAACUGUAUUUGUAUUAUGUAGUGGUGGUGUUGAUAGUUCAGUAUGUGCUGCUUUAUUAACACGUGCUUUACCAUCUGAACAAGUUAAAAUUGUUAGUAUUGAUAAUGGAUUUUUACGACAUAAUGAAGGUGUUGAAGUACGUCAAACAUUAUCACAAUUUGCAGCUGUUAAUUAUAUUGAUGCUGGUCAACGUUUUUCACAAGCUAAAACAUUUGUACGUGCUAAAACAACAUCAUUAACAAAUGAAACAACAUUAAAUAUUCAACGACGUACAUCAUCAAUAUCAUCAAAUUUUUUAAGUUUAUAUGAUGCUGAUAUAUUACUUGAAGAAACAUUACCAUUAAAUGAAGAAACUGAUCCUGAACAUAAACGUAAAAUAAUUGGUGAUACAUUUGUUAAAGUUGUACAAGAAUUUUUACGUGAUAAUAAUUUUACAUUUGAUGAUAUUAUUUUAGCACAAGGUACAUUAAGACCUGAUUUAAUUGAAAGUGCAUCACAUUUAGCAUGUCAAAGUGGUUAUGCUGAUGCAAUUAAAACACAUCAUAAUGAUUCACCAAUGGUACGUGAUUUACGUAAACGUAAUCGUGUUAUUGAACCAUUAAAAGAUUUUCAUAAAGAUGAAGUACGAAAAAUUGGUUUAACAUUAGGUCUUCAUCAUGAUGUUAUUUAUCGUCAUCCAUUUCCUGGACCUGGUUUAGCUAUACGUAUUUUAUGUGCUGAUGAACCAUAUAUGCCUAUUGAACAAUUUUCUCAAACAUCAACAUUAUUACGAACAAUUGUUACAUAUUCAAAAAUGGUUGAUAAACAAUAUGCAUUAUUACCAACAUUAGAUAAAAUUUUUACUGACCAUGAAAAAACAGUUUUAAAAACACUUACAUCACCUGAACAACAUGAUUAUACAUCAGUUGUAUUACCAAUUCGUAGUGUUGGUGUUCAAGGUGAUGCUCGUACAUAUAGUUUUGCUGCAGCAAUUAGUUCUAAUGAUGAAAAACCAAAUUGGAAUGAAUUAUUUAUUCUUGCUCGAUUAAUAACAAAAGCAUGUCAUCAUAUCAAUCGAGUUGUUUAUAUUCUUGGUAAAAAAAUUCUUGAUGCAGAAAUUACUCAAGUAACACGUACAUCAUUAACACAAGAUAUUGUUGAUAAAGCUCGUGCAUGCGAUUAUCAUGCUAUGGUUAUAAUGAAACGUCAUAAUGCUUAUAGUGCAAUAAGUCAAAUGCCAGUUGUUUUAAUUCCAAUACAAUUUGAUAGACAAAUUUAUCUAAAUGAUCAUGAAGAAAUCAAUAAAAAUGAUGAACAUAUGAACGAAAGAAUCAUUCCACUUACACGUCUUCGUCCAAUUGCUAGUAGUUUUCAACAUUCAGUUGUUUUACGUACAUUUCUUACAAAAGAUUUUAUGACUGGACGACCAGCUGUACCUGGUGAAACAUUUCCUCUUGAAAUGUUAGAUGAAAUGUGUCAAACAAUUAAAAGUAAUGUACCCGGUAUAAGUCGAAUUUUAUAUGAUUUAACAUCAAAACCACCAGCAACAACAGAAUGGGAAUAA